AUGUGGCAGUGGCACCGCUUUGUGGAUGGCCAGGCGCUCUGUCCCGGGGCGUAUGCGAUCGUCCUACUGAAUACGCCGAUCACGCAGGCCCCGCUCUUUCAGCGGCUGUGGAAUGAGGCGGCGAUCCGCGUCGCAGCGGAUGGCGGCGCGAAUCAGCUGCGCACACAGUCGUCGUGUGCGUGGCCCACGCUCAUCUGUGGCGACUUGGACUCGAUCACCGACGACACGCAGGCAUACUUUCGCGAGCACGACGUGCCGAUCGAGCACAUAGCGUCGCAAUGCUCGACGGACCUGCAAAAGUCGAUCCAGGCCGUCGAGCAUCUCGAGCCAGAGACGCUGCCGCUCGUGAUCUAUGGCGGCAUCGGCAGCCGGCUGGACCACUCGAUGCAUACGCUGCAUGUCCUAUCGCAACUCGCGUUCCCGACGCACGACGUGUAUGCGGAUGCGCAUCUGCGCCUGCGGCCGCAUGUGCUGCUCGUGACGGGCGAGGGCAUGACGUGCCUCGUGACGCCCGGCACGCACCUCCUGCGGCACGACCGACGCAUCCAUGGCAAGUCGUGUGGCCUGCUCCCGCUGGGCGUCGCGGCGGCGCACAUCCACACCCAGGGCCUCGAGUGGAACCUGCAGGGCGAAGCCUGCUCGCUCGGCGGCUUUCUAUCGACGUCCAACCACCUCGUCCAUCCCGACGGCGACGUCCACCUGACGACGGAUGCCCCGAUUUACUGGACGAUCGAGCUGCAGUCUAGAUAG